ACCUCCUCGCUGUCUGUAUCGAUGAAGUUGUUUCAAAGAUGGCGGAUUUCCUGCCGUCCCGCUCCGUCUUAUCUGUAUGUUUCCCCAACUGUCUCCUCACAAGCGGCGAGGCAGAACAGUUGCGGAUAUCUAAAGAAAUAGAUAAGUGUAUUAAUCGAAACAAGACUUAUGUAAAAAGGCUAGUAAAGAUCUUAUUGCUUGGAGCAGGCGAGAGCGGAAAGUCCACUUUCCUCAAGCAGAUGCGCAUUAUCCAUGGGCAGGACUUCGAUCAGAAGGCAAAAGAAGAAUUCAAAGCCACGAUUUUUAGUAAUGUUAUAAAAGGUAUUAGAGUUUUGGUGGAUGCCCGAGAAAAGCUACACAUCCCAUGGGGCAACUCAUCCAACCAGCGGCAUGGGGACACCAUGAUGGCGUUCGACACCCGGUCAGCAAUGGCUCACGGCCAUGGCAUGGUGGAGCAAAAAGUUUUCCAGCAUUACCUGCCAUCCAUUCGGGCCCUGUGGGCUGACGAAGGCAUCCAGAAUGCCUAUGACCGCCGCAGAGAGUUCCAGUUGGGGGAGUCGGUCAAGUAUUUCCUGGACAAUUUGGAAAAGCUUGGACUAUCGGACUACCUCCCCAGCCAACAGGACAUCCUCCUGGCCAGAAAGCCCACAAAAGGCAUUCAUGAGUAUGACUUUGAGAUCAAGAACGUUCCCUUUAAGAUGGUGGACGUUGGCGGUCAGCGCUCUGAGAGGCGGCGUUGGUUCGAAUGCUUCGACUCAGUAACUUCCAUCCUCUUUCUCGUGUCCUCCUCUGAAUAUGACCAGGUGCUGAUGGAGGACCGGCUGACCAACCGGCUUAGCGAGUCCCUCAACAUCUUCGAGACUAUUGUCAACAACCGGGUGUUCAGCAACGUCUCCAUCAUCCUUUUCCUGAACAAAACAGACCUGCUGGAGGAGAAGGUGAAGCAGGUAUCCAUCAAAGACUACUUCCCAGAGUUCUCAGGAGACCCAAGGAGCCUGACAGACGUCCAGCGCUUCCUGGUGGAAUGCUUUCGCAAAAAGCGCCGCGAGCAGCAGCAGAAGCCGCUGUAUCACCACUUCACCACAGCCAUCAACACUGAGAACAUCCGGCUGGUGUUCCGCGAUGUCAAGGACACCAUCCUGCACGAUAACCUCAAGCAGCUGAUGCUACAGUGAGGGGACCUACACGGAGGAGGAGGUGUGGUGGGUGGAGGAGAAGUGGGUGUCAUGGUGCCUUUCUUAACACACAAACACCCCAGCCUGUAGGAGGAACGCACCCAACCAUCUUCCUUCCCUUUUGACUUUUACUCGCUCCUUAUUUUUGAACUUUGACAAUGUAUUGAACCCACCACUACUACCGCCAUUCCCCACACACCUGCUCUCUGCCUUACUGAGCUUGUUCAUUGUGACUUAUGACAGGGGCCUUCGGCACAGACCCCAAACCAUCCUUUGAAACCACUGUAAAUGACUUCUAACCCCCUCUCUCUCCCCCCUGUCCACACGCUACAGAUGACCCCCUCAAACUUCUUUAAUUAUAUUUACCCCGUCUGUGUUGUUCUAAAUCAAACCCACACACCUUUUUGUCUUUGCUGCUCUGACCACUGUUGAGGAGAGGGGGAGGGGCUUGUGUUAUUGUUGUUAAGUCGUUACUGUGUAGCCUUCAAGGCCGCCUGCAGAUGCCGGUGACACCAGCGACUGUUGCCAGGUAUUGCCUUUUUUUAUUCUUGCUUCUUUUGUUUUGUCUCUAGUUUCUGCCCUCGACUGACGCCUGGUGAUGACAUCACUGGGCUGGGGUGGAGAUUUCCUCUAGAGGCAGUGGAACAGGAAAGAACAGUGCUAACACACAUACACACUCACAAAUAGGAAUUCCUGUUCCCAAGUCCACUUAAUUCUAGUUUUCUAAUAAUUUUGUUCCUUUUUCUAAUAUAUGAAUAUACUGUACGUACCUAUGCAUUUUUCUUUAACUUAUAUUUUAUAGGGGUUUACACUUUGAGGAUUUGUGACUAGUGAUUAACUCAGUUAAUUACAGGUGGUGGGGUAAGAGACCACAGACACAAACACAUGAAAUGAAACUCCAUGUUAUAAGGCCAGCUAGUGCAGUUAGUUACUUUCUCAGGCACAUCGUGAACCACUGUGUGCCAACUAGAACUCACGUGCCUCAGCCCUUCCUCAUGAAUCAAAAGUCAGACUGUACAGUGGCCUGUGUUCCUGCAUUUCAGUGAUACAUAGAACUUUGGAGGGAAUUGUGGAAAUGGAUUUAAAAAAGGAAUCAACUUAAGAAGAACGGUGGAAUUCAUCACUAGCAGUUACAUUUCAAGCAGAGCAAUAUCUGAAAGUCUAUUUGGAGUCAGGAGAAGAAAAAGGAUGGAAUGUGAAGGUUUACAGCUAUUGAACGUUUUUUUAAAAACAAGUGCAAUUUUGAAUUAAACCAAAUUCAUUAAUAUUUCUUAAAUUUUAAUACUUUCUUAUUGAAUUGUGCGAAUGAAAUCCCCUCUUUAGACCACCUUGUUUCAUAAAAAUCAGAAUUAAGAAAAAUAAUUACAUUUAUAUUAAAGGCUUUAUAUGCAAUUUUUCACACUUAAAUAUAAUAUAAAUCAAGUCUAUCCUCUGAAAAUAACUCUGUGAGUAAUGACUGUCUACAAUGGGUGUAACACCUGAGUCCCACUGUCUGUGAUGUUUUCAGAGUUUUUUUUCAGUUUGUUGACAUAGCCGGCCCGACGGCUGACUCCUCCCCUCACAUAAAAGUUGUUUAAUUGAGGGACUAGAGAAAAGAAGAAUAACAUACUGUACUCACUGCUUAACUGUGUUUCUAGAUCAUGCUCAUUUCAGGUAAAUUUACAUGCAGUGUGAAGAUACGAGCAUAAUAAAGAUCGCUAGCAUUAGCAUGCUAACACAACAAUGCAGCGCGAGUUGUUUUGGUUUCAUGCUGGUGCUCAAGGGCGACAUCUGCUGGAUCAAAAAAUCACAUAUAAAGCCUUUAAGGGACACAAAUGCAAAAUGCCUCAAGCUUCUUUUUCCACCUGCUAUUCAAAUCUCAUCUUUUUCUAAAGAACUAUCCGGAAGAUACUCUCAGAAUUUUAAAGUGAUAUGUAUUAGACAAGUUAUAUCAAAUUCCAUGCUCAAACCAUGGUUAGAUUUCAAUAUGUAUACAAGGGUCAAAGCAUCCAGCUGACUGAAUACACCCUUCUGAACUGAGUAACAGCUUCUAGGUGCCAUGUCCAACCAUCAGAUCCACCACUGUAGGUGCUUUAGUCCCCGACUCUCCACAGAGCAAAAAUGAUGUUUUUCCAUAACAAAAAGCAUACCUGCUGCCAAUCUUUUUGAGAAAUUCACGCUUUAUUUUUCCGUAUACAUAUACACAGUCUAGAUACACACCACGUCUUUGGUAAGCUUUAAUUGAACAUCCUUUUAUGUCGCUUGCUGUGCAACAUCUAUUAACAUAGGCGACAAAAAUGAAGCCAAAAAUCAAAACAGUAAUCUUGUUUUGGGAAAGAAGAGUAGCAAUGAAAAGUAGCUAUAUCCCUCAACAUUUUGGUAGCUGGCUUUUUCAUGCCCACUUUUUCAGUAUCGAGAACAGUCAUUAAAAGCAGUGUGGUCACAGAAAACCCCCGAACUUUGGAUAUGUUAACAUAUAUCCAAAGUUACACACUAGGGUAAUCAAUUUCUCUUUAAAAUAUGUGAGGUCAAUAUAUUAAAAAAACAACAAUAGAGGUUUCAGGUGAAAUUUUAAAGGUACUGCGAGGAUGUAGCCUGUAAAAUGUGUCUUUGGUUGUAAAAAUCCCUCCAGUAAAAUCGUCUUGUUGGAAAUGUUCUGAUGGUUGUACAAAGUGAAUGUUAUCCAAUUCAAAAUGAAGCCCUGUGAAUUCUCACAUUCAAAACCCCCUGGAUUCAACUCCACAUCGCAGACGUAGAAAGCGGGAAUACUGUUUUUCUUUUUCUUUGAAUCAUGCUUAUUUUCUAAAUGGUACCACUGAAUGCUUUCCAUCUCUCCCUUCUAUUCGUUCUAAUUGAAAAAAGGGAUAAAGCUAACCUGUAUGUCACAGUUACAUCUUUUGAGUUUUGUCUACUGGCCACCCUUAUUGAUACUUUCACGUUUUGUACAGAUGUGUGUCCCCUUAACUCCUUCUCAGUUGUCUGAUAUGUAUCAGUAUGUAUCUCUCACACCAAGCCUUCUCUAGUUUCUAACAGCUGAUAUAACCUCCCAUGCACAUUUGUAUAUAUGACCAUGAGUGUUAUAUUUUAUUUUACUUCAUUUUUUUUUUCUUUAGAUGGUGUUUAUUUAAGCAAAAGCAGCCGUCUGCGGGCCUGCCCCUGUCCCAUUCCUCAGCCUUCUGAUUUGCUGAACAUGUGCCACAGUAGACAAGAGGCCCCAACGGUCCUUGCUAAUCAUUUCAGCAAAAGUCGAUGUUGAAGGCAAUAAUUAAAUGUCAAAAACAAGUUAAAAAGA